AUGGAUAGAAAGUCUGCUAGAAUAAAAGCAGAGUUACAAAGAUAUGGUUGGAGAGUUUCGAAGAAUUUUAAAUAUAGGAAGGGAAGACCCAUAAAAGUCUAUGACAAAUUGUCUGGUCUUCGCUACGAAAUGGAUUUGGAAACAGCACGUGCCAAUUAUCCAAACAGACUAGAGAGGUUAGAAGAAGAACGUCUUAUGGACAUGCCUUUCGAUGUUAGUGAACCUCAAGUUGAAGGACACGACGGCUUUGCCAGAUUCUACUGGAAACAUGACGAACAAUUGCAUCCUUUGAGAAGGAAAAAAGGAAAAGGUGAAGACGCACAUGCUCCCAUGGAAAGAACAAGAUAUGCAUAUGAAAAGUAUCGUGAAGUUAGAAGUCAAAUUACAUCUGGUCGAACCUUUACAGUAAACUUUGACGAAGGAAAGAACAAA